AUGUCGCGCCGCAGCCGCUCCGGCGACGACGAGCUGCUGCUGCCGCGCCGCAAGAAGCGCGCCGCGCAAGGGGCGGCCGCAGCGGGCCCCAGCAGCGGCCACGCGGCGCCAGCGGCGGCGGGCGGCGCCUCGGCCUCGUCCUUCCUCGCGCUCAAGGCGGACCUGGCCGCGCAGAGGAGCGGCAGCGCCGGCGCCUCGUCGCUCUCGCAGCCGCGCGAGCGAGCCCUGCCGCACCACCUGCGCCCCGCACGCGGUGCCGAGGCGCGCCGCCAGCGCGACGGCGACGACGGCGUGCACGCAGGCGCCACGUCGGCCUGGGCCGGCACGCCGUCGGCGGCCCUCGACGCCGCACGCGCGGCCAUGGAGCGCAAGGCGCGCCUCUAUGCGGCGCUGCGGGCGGGCAAGGAGGCUGGCGUCGACGAGGCGACGUGGGCGCAGAUGCACGGCAGUGUCGACUGGGAGCGCAAGGCCGGCGAGGCGAGCGGCGGCGACGAGAGCGACAGCGGCGACAGUGAUGCGCCGCCGCCCGUCGGCGCCGACGACGACCCGCUGGUGGAGUACGAGGACGAGUUUGGGCGCACACGCAUGCUGCCGCGCCGCGACGUGCCGCGCGAGUGGCUGCGGCGCAAGGAGCAGGAGGCUGCGGCCCAGCUCGAGCCGCCGCCGGACGAUAGCGGCGUGCUCUACGGGCCGUCUACCUCGUUCCCCGUGUACCGUCCGCCGUCGCCAGUGCUGGCCACGCGCGUCGCGGCCAUCGGCAAGUCGGCCGCACCGAGCCGCUUCGAUGCCAAGGCCGAGGUGCGCGACCGCGGCGCCGGCUUCUAUGCCUUCUCCACGGACGAGGCCCGCCGCGCCGACGAGCUGGCGGCGCUGCGCAGGGAGAGCGCCCGCACGGCUGAGGAGCGCGAGCACUCUGCGGCCGGCGCCGUGCCCAACCCCGAGGAGCAGCAGCGGCAGCAGCGCAAGCUCGAGGUCGAGCGCAAGCGGCGCGAGGUCGAAGAGCGCCGCCGUGCACGCACGACGCAGAGGCAGGGCUAG